AAUUAUCUUGAAGACAUGAAGUUUUAUCGAGCCGAAAAACAAGCUGGAUCUACUGCAAGUCGCGUCAGAGUCGACGAAAAUAUCUCUCAGGAUAUAUUACAAGAGGACCAUGGCUUGUCAAUGUACAUCCGACCCAAUGCUUUGCUUCAGGGAGAAUCACGAGAGAUCACACUAACCCUCCUUCGAGACCCUCCAAGCGUAGAGAUACAAGAUGAUGAAUCCGUGGCCUGCUACGGGAUCAGAUGUGAUCCUCCAAACAUGGUAUUCCUCAAACCUGUUAAGAUUAGGAUACCACACGCCCUACUAGUUGUUAACCCAACCGAUGUAAAGCCAGAUGUUGUGUCAUAUGAAUGGGAUUUAGUGAAUGAUCUGCCACGAAGUUCAAGAAGCAUUUCAUCCUACUCUUCAGACAAGCUACCAUACUGCAAGGUUUACAAGAGACACCUUGAGCUGUAUAUCGACCACAGUGCUGAGUGGUGGGUUCUUAUUCCCCUUGAGCAGCCUGUGAUUAAACGCCGAUUAAUGUGCACACCGUAUAUUCCAGAUGAAAUAAAAAGAGGACAGGAGAUUGGUGUCCACCUUCGUCUUCAUGAGGAUAUUCCUGGAAUGAAUGUGGAAAUACAAGAGGAGGAGAAGAAGCAGUGUUACCACAAGGCCUAUCCUUCUAUACCCAUCAGUAUUGCCUCCAACGCAGGGGAUGUCAAUAUAACAUCCUACCGAGGUGGCGAUGCCGUGGACAAGAAGGUUCUCCUUCUCCAAGAAGUUCAAAGAAGAAAGCAACACCUAAUUGUGCUCCCGGUGCCAAUGCAUGAAGAUGACACGGACCUUCCAGUUACAGUCAUUCUUACCCAGUCUGGGAAACGGGUCGAUGUUUUUUUAGUAUCGCUCGCCUUUGUUAUCAGGUGCUCUGGAGAACCGACUUUGGAACCAUCUCUCUUUGGACGGGUGGUUGAAGAAGUUUUAAAAGGUGAACUCCAGGAUGUUGAUAUCCUCAACAUUGCUGAAAAGAUGUCAGUGGAUCAGUUUUAUGAUUUAGGGGUAGCUCUUGGUUUCACGAUCGCACAGCUGGAUGCUAUAGAAUACCAGAGAUUCAGAGACAAGCAGCAGGCCUUCAAUGAUAUGCUUAUAAGAUGGCGGCAGACAAAAACCUCUGGUCAAGCAGCGAAGGAAGAACUAAUCGCAAUCAUGGAAACACUGGAUACCCCUACUGAAGACCUUCGUGCAUUAGGAACAAGUUGUGCUAGUGAAAUCCCAGACAAAGCGCUUCUCGAUUUAUCCCGAAAGAUACAACCAGAGAAGUACUUCGAAAUUGGAACAAAACUCGGUCUUCAGUACAUAGAGCUUGAGCACAUACAACACAAGACAUUUGCUAACAGGAGGGACAGCAACAUUCAGAUGCUUUCCACAUGGAAAUCAUAUCAGCCGCCCGGAGAAAAGGCAGUGGAGACUUUGAAACUGGUUUGGGACUCUGUCCAAUCAGUAAAGAAAGCUGACAAUAAGGAAGAAGAAGAAGAAGGUACUUCUGCGGUUCUCAAACAGGUUGUUGUCGAAAGAGCCAAGCAAACUGAUCUCGAAAGCGAACAAGAAACGAUGGAGAUCAUUGACUUUUCAGGAGUGGAUUAUCCAAGUGGUUCUUCUUGUAAGCAUGAGGAAACCCGUAAGGAUCUUGAGCAACACGGCGGAAUACCAAACACAGAAGAACUUUGCAGUGUGGCUCGUCAUGUCAAAUCCUUACAAACAGCACGUUCACUUGGAAAAACGCUUCAUAUCGAUGACGUUAGCAUAGUUGGUUUCGUCACUCAGCACUGUCCUUCAUUACUACGUGAGACAGCGCAGCAGAUAGUACGAAUGUGGCACAAUGGCUUACAAGAAGGAGUCAAGGAAGAUGAACUCAACAAGUUAUUCAAGAAGUACAACAUCUCUGGUGACAAAACAGGGGGCUAUGAAGAAAUAGCACAACUCAUUCGAUUUGACGCAGACCUACUAGACUUAGUUCGUCAUUUGGAUGUACACCAUACCAGCGUCAUGGAGUUCUUUAACACAUCCUCAGCCCUUACACCUUACAUGGUUGUUCCCGUUGCCCUAAAAAUGCUGAUAGAAUGGUCCAACAAAGGUGGAACUAGGGAGAGGCUUCUGGCGAUAGCUCAGGCUUUUCGCUUCGGUGGCGCAGACAUCAUAGCAAAAGGCCUCGAAUGCCAGUCAACCUACCCGUUUUUCAUCUCACAUGGCAUCCUUGAUCAUAAGGGUGGGAACAUGACCCUCGAUGAACUUGGAAUUACUGUAUUUGUUCCUGAAGGAGCUAUUCCAAAGGGAAUGGGAUCAACCGUCACCGUCCGUGUAUCAUUCCGCAAUACUCCUAGACUUCCCAUACGCGACGAUGAAGUUCUUAUUACUCCCGUCAUAGAGACUUCUCUCACACAAGAACUUCUCAAGCCGGCAUCGAUAGUUCUACAACACUGUAUGGGUUUCAACAACGACGAUUCUACCGUUGUAAUGUACACCAAGACCGGGCAAGGAAAAUUCGGUCGCAGAAUGUUGACGAGAGACGAUUCACGAAUCUCAAAAUCUACGAUUGAGUUUUGUACACGUCAUAUUGAAGUUCUGGCUGUGUGUUCUAAGGAUCUUCGAAAUCUUCAACUAACAUGCUUGGUCUUCCAGCCUACUAUGAGGGCACAAGUGGAGCAACCAUAUCUACGCGUGUACAUUAUUCAUCCAUAUAUGACAUAUGUCCAGGAUAUAAUCGAGAGGGAGCUGACUUCGUCUAAACCUUACUGCCAAGUCGAUAAGGAAUUCAAGUUCUCUAUUGGGACAACAGCAAAGCAUCUAACGGUAAUUUGUCAUGAAGAGAAGAAGCAACAAAACCAAAUGAUACCCCUCAGCGGUGUAUUGAAUGGUCAGUGCAGCCCUGUCGUAUUCAUGCUUCAGUUUACCCCAGAAGAAAAUGGGAAGAAGAAUAUUCGCAUUGCAAUAAAUGAAGGAGACGAGCCCAUAUCCGAUAGAGAGUUCAACGUGUCAAUAGAAGAUGAAACGGAUUACACGAUCAAUCGCAGGGUUUUAGAAGGCCGAUUGAGCUGUUUAUCCAACAAUCUUAUCGAAACCCUGGCUGACGUGAUUCUCAAGCAAAGUGAUGCAAAUUCCCUUGGCGGCUAUCUCGGUUUCUCAGAGUCAACCGUAGAGCAAUACCUCGAUCGGUCAGAUUCUUCUUAUAAGAAAUUUUCAAGAUCGGGGUUCGUUGAGAUGCUAAGUGAUUGGAGACGAAGAGUCCGACCUAGUGAGCAGGUAAAGGAGCUUCAUCGAGCCCUGAAAGAUGCCGGUCUGACAUAUGUAACAGACACUAUCCUGCAUGGAGUGACUGGCUCAUCUAGGCCUACCGUUCCUCAGCGCGUGCAAAAACUUGAGUCAAAGAAAUAGAAAACGACAAUUCCGUUGACCUCCAGACUCUUAAGCCGUUACCUCAAGAAUUGGAUGGUCACUGUACGAAGCCUAUGGAAAUUCGAGAGUCUAGAGCCAGCGGGUUAACCUGAGGAUCUCUGAAGUUAUAACUCACCUAUUAAUUUCAUCUAAUACAGAUCAUUCACAUCAAAAUGUGACAUAAUGUUAAUACCAGAGCACAUAUUUCAUGAUUUGAAGGGGUGAUUAUCUUUCCAAAAAAUUUAAUUUUAAUAACAUUAUUACAAUCAUGCCAACCACAGUAGGCCUACUUAUGUAGUAUUGGUAGUGGUAACAUAUACAUUUUAUACAUUUUCUAUCAUAUUUUGAAACAUUAUUAUAUAAUCUGUCGAAGAAAACACUAUUAUAUCAGGCGGAUAAUUGAAGUUUCACAUAGAUUACACAGUGUGAACACCUCAUGCGUGAUUGACCCCAGAACUUCAGGCUUUUUCCCCAUUCUCUAUCUAGUCAUUGUCAUAUACCAUGAUUGAUUGAUUGAUUGAAUUUAUUCUUCUUCAUUUCAAACAAAUUUACAAAGUAAGUAGGAAAUGAUCAGAAUGUGAAUAACAGAAAAGAAAAAGGGAACUCACUGGAAAGCAUCGCUUCUUUGUGUGAGUCCCUGAAAUAAUUAAAUGAUUUCAAUUUAUUAAACACAUACACCAUGUACAACUCGCUGUAAAAAAAAAAGACAAAUAGAAUGAGUAAAUUUUCACUCGCUUCUUACAUUCUACUCACAUUGGUAUCAAACCCAAUGUCCACUCAAAUUGGAUUGAAUUGAGAGUAAACACAAUUUUACGAGCGAAUGUCUCAUCACGAAAAUUUGAUUUGCAGGGAUAAAAUUCACUCAACAACAAAUCUCUGAGAAGCGAAUAUUAAACGGUCGUAUAUAUAUAUCUUCUUUGAAUAGUAUGAAUUUCAUAUAUGUAUAUAUUUUACCCGUUUCAUUAUACAUUCCAUACAUCUCCCUACUUCUAAAUGUCCAUGUUUCAUAUAUUCUUUAAUUUCAAACAGUCCUUCAAAUGCUUAUAUAUAGAUUUCAAUCUAAAUUCUUUAUAUAUACUCUAAAUGAGUAUUAUUUUUAGUUUUAUAUAUACUUUAAUUUGUGAACUUCACGUGUUUCCAUACUCUUAACAGCUCUUAGCAAAAACUAACAAUUAAUUAUUUCAUUACAGAUUAUGUUUGAGACAGUAUUUCACACAUCACAAUUAUAUUCACUUUCAGAUGUUGUUUGAAGGUUUGCAUGGUGGCAUGUACAGUCGCUGAUGUGGUUUACGGUACACCAUGUGGAGUGUUGUAGAAACAGUG